ACACCGGCCGAGAAUCCAUUUGCUGCUGUUAGCUAAAAAGUUGUGUAACUGUCGAAAGUUGUAUAACGGGGGAAAGAAAAGGACAGCGUUUCGACCAGGACGUGUUCAUUUAAGUCGUAUAGAGGGCCCGUCCUCUUACAUUAGCCCUCCAAAUAAAGAUUUUCCAAUAUAUUUCUGGCAAAAAUGUUUUCGCUGUCGACGUCGUUUCAACCGCAGCAGAUGAUUGUCCCUCUCAGCCAGGUCAUCAAUGGACUCCACUCUCUGAAGAACUCAGCCACAGCUUCAAUCCAGACCCUUCACAAAGAUUUCAGCCCAGAGCACAGUUCAUACCUAAAAGAGCCAAAUGGGGGUCUGAGGGAUCUGGGUCUGUUGGAGGUCAGGGCGAGUCAGCUCGAGGAGCUGGUCAGCAGGUUACUGCCUUCAGGACAGGAGGAGCCUCCCAGCGUUCCUUCGAUGUGGAAUACGAGUCAUAUUUCUGCCGACAGCUUCUUUCACAACAAGCAUGGGUUUUCAAAGAGAAGAUCGGUAGGCUUUGGUUCACAACUGUUCCACAGACAAUACCACAGCCCCCUUAGAGAUGUUUGCUCAGAACUACAGUUUCUGCCUGUAUGGGUCCAGAGUCGGGGUUUCAAGACGCUUAAAUCAAAGACCAGACGAGUGAACUCUGGCUACGCUGGUCCAGUAGAAUCUGAGAGUUACACACCAGCUUUCAUGAAGGGGCUGCUCUUGAGAGACAAAGGGGCCGAAGCACAGUCGCUGGACCAAGUGGUACAGCAAAGAAACCUGCCAGAAAACCAGCACGAGGCUUUCAAGACUGGUUUCACUGAGGGAUUCAUGAGGUCCCAAGCUUUAACGCAGAGAAUACAAGAUUCACUGAGGAGAACCAGGCUGAUCCUGCUGGUCCUCCUCCUCAUUGGCAUGUAUGGCCUGUCAAGAACCCCAUUUCUCUCUGGUAAAGGCUCCUUUUCUGAUGCUGUGAGGUUCCGCACCACAUCUGGUCUGGACUCAGCAGUGGAUCCCAUCCAGAUGAAGAAUGUGACAUUUGAUCAUGUCAAAGGAGUGGAGGAGGCCAAGAAUGAGUUACAAGAUGUCGUGGAGUUUCUCAAGAACCCGCAGAAGUUCACUGUUUUGGGUGGAAAGCUGCCUAAGGGAAUCCUUCUCGUCGGUCCUCCAGGAACAGGAAAGACUCUGUUAGCCCGAGCCGUGGCCGGAGAGGCCGACGUGCCUUUCUACUACGCUUCCGGAUCAGAGUUUGAUGAAAUGUUUGUGGGUGUUGGUGCAAGUCGAAUCAGGAAUCUUUUCAAAGAGGCAAAAGCUAAUGCUCCCUGUGUCAUCUUCAUUGAUGAGUUGGACAGCGUGGGCGGAAAGAGGAUCGAGUCUCCUAUGCACCCUUACUCCAGACAAACUAUAAACCAGCUGCUGGCAGAGAUGGACGGAUUUAAACCAAAUGAAGGCGUCAUCGUUAUUGGUGCAACAAACUUUGCAGAAGCUUUGGAUAAUGCUCUGGUGAGGCCUGGGAGGUUCGACAUGCAGGUCACCGUCCCUCGUCCUGAUGUUAAAGGACGCACAGAAAUUCUCAACUGGUACCUCUCCAAGAUCAAAAUGGACCCUGCCGUUGAAGCAGAGAUUAUCGCCCGGGGCACAGUGGGUUUCUCUGGGGCAGACCUCGAGAACCUGGUCAACCAGGCAGCCCUGAAGGCAGCUGUGGACGAAAAGGAGAUGGUCACGAUGAAGGACCUAGAGUUCGCUAAGGAUAAGAUCCUCAUGGGUCCUGAGAGGCGAAGUGUUGAAAUAGACAAGAAGAAUAAAACCAUAACAGCGUACCACGAGUCAGGCCAUGCCAUUGUUGCCUAUUACACCAAAGAUGCGAUGCCCAUCAAUAAGGCUACCAUCAUGCCCAGAGGACCAACUCUUGGCCAUGUGUCCAUGCUCCCAGAGAACGACCGCUGGAGUGAGACACGAGCCCAGCUGCUGGCUCAGAUGGAUGUCAGCAUGGGCGGCCGGGUAGCAGAGGAGCUCAUCUUUGGGGAUGACAACAUCACCACAGGAGCGUCCAGUGACUUUGAUGGUGCGACCAAAAUUGCAAAAAUGAUGGUUACCAGGUUCGGCAUGAGUGACAAGCUCGGUGUCAUGACCUACAGAGACGUGUCCAAGCAGAGCCCCGAGACACAAGCCGCCAUCGAACAGGAAGUCAGAGUUUUACUGAAAGAUUCCUACGAACGAGCGAAAAGCCUUCUGAAGACUUACAGCAAGGAACACAAGACGCUGGCAGACGCCCUGCUAAGAUAUGAAACUCUGGAUGCCAAAGAGAUCAAGAAAGUGCUUGAGGGAAAAGCUCUGGACCACUAAUACCUCAGCAGACUUUUCACACUCUGGAUCCAUGUAUAUAUUUAUAUAUAAAGCUGUGCUAUCGAGCACAGGCCUUUUGGAGGCCUUCUGAUUCCCUUGUCUCUGUUCAUCAUAUUGUCAACAUUAAGUUACAAUGAAAUGAUUGUUGUGCUGACAUUUAUUUUAAUUUUCACUUGCAUUUCCUGCAGAGGACUCAAGUCUCAGCGAUUUUUAAAGCACUUCACAAUUUAAUCUGAUUUGAUUAAAUAGAUACUUGAUAUCCACAAGUUUCUGAAGUUACCUGAGAUAUUUAAAGUUUCUUUGAGUGCCUGUUGACUUUACUGUUCUGGCACCAGUAGUUUUAUACAUCAUAUUUGCUGUCGUACACGUUUUUCAUAGCUUGUGGAUGCUCGCAGGUCUUUGCACAGCAUGAUGAACAACAUGGGACCUUAAAGGGCGUCACAGAAAUGGACCCUUUGGCUGUAGCAAGAUGAAAGUCAUUCUCAGUUUCAUUGCAUAAGAGUUUGUUCUCUGUAUAAUAUAUUUCCAAAUGUUGUCAUUUAUGGUUGUUCUUAUUUAUUGAAGUGCCCAAAGGUGAGCUCAAUCUUUCACUAAAAGUAAAGUUAGGUCCUCUUGUCCUCAUCCAAGAUAGACUUGAACUGAUAAAUGGCAGGAAUUGUGUGUGACUGUGUAUAUAUACUGUAAGCAUAUAAAAGGCUUGGUGCUUCUUUAUGUUACUUUAGACAAAGCCUUCUUAUAACUCAAAUAAAGAUUACUCUUUAGAAAA